AGGUAACCCCCAUGUACAACGAGGUUCAGCAUGUCAAAACGAUCGAUCUGGCCCCACUUCUUCUUGUCCUCUGAUUUAAACUCUUGCAGUAGCCAGAAGAACGCUCUUACUCUCGCUGCAGCCAACCGUGCCUGUCCAGUCUGGGAAACUGAGAGUUUUCCGUGGAGAUUGUUCAGUGUGAUAAGUGAUAAGAAGGCUGCGUAUCUAUUAAGUGGAUUGUUGGAUAUCCUUUUAUUUAUUUGAGAUUUAAAGGUCUGUUUGAAAAGGAAAAAUCUUCUUUAUAUACAUAAUGGAUGAGAUGGAGGCUAAUCAGUUUAGGGACUUCGGAAAGGCGAUGAUAGACUACGUCGCCAAUUAUCUGGAGAAUAUAAGGGAGAGGCGGGUUUUGCCUACUGUAGAACCAGGGUAUUUACGUCCUCUACUUCCCAGUGAGGCACCUCAAAAACCUGACACAUGGCAAGAAGUUAUGGCUGACAUUGAAAAAGUCAUUAUGCCUGGAGUUACACACUGGCAUUCACCAAAGUUUCAUGCAUAUUUUCCUACUGCCAACUCCUAUCCUGCUAUUGUAGCAGAUAUUCUCAGUGAUGGUAUUGCUUGCAUCGGUUUUUCAUGGAUCGCAAGUCCCGCUUGCACCGAACUCGAAGUCGUGAUGAUGGACUGGUUGGGAAAAAUGAUAGGUCUCCCAGAGGAAUUCCUCGCUUGUUCAGGGGGUAAGGGGGGCGGCGUAAUCCAGGGGACUGCGAGUGAAGCUACGCUAGUUGCCUUGCUUGGAGCCAAAGCACGUGCCAUUCAUCAUGUGAAAAAAGAACACCCAGAUUGGAAAGAUGCCGAUAUAGCCGAGAAAUUGGUGGGAUACACUUCUAGUCAAAGUCAUUCUUCGGUUGAACGAGCUGGUCUUCUUGGUGGUGUUAAGUUAAGAGGUCUACCCACAGACGAAUCAAACCGACUACGAGGGGACACUUUAGAAAGGGCAAUCAAGGAGGAUAGAGAAGCUGGCCUUAUUCCAUUUUACGUUGUCGCCACUCUGGGAACAACCUCAUCCUGCACCUUUGACAACCUUGAAGAGAUCGGUCCCGUGUGUAAUGUUAACAAGGUGUGGCUCCACAUCGACGCCGCUUACGCAGGCGCAGCCUUCACUUGUCCCGAGUACAGGUAUCUGAUGAAGGGCGUAGAGAUGGCCGAUUCCUUUGACUUUAACCCGCACAAAUGGAUGUUGGUCACAUUUGACUGUUCUGCAAUGUGGCUUAAAGACCCCAACUGGCUCGUGGAUGCCUUCAAUGUAGACCCUCUCUACUUGAAACACGACCAACAAGGCUCAGCACCGGAUUACAGACACUGGCAGAUUCAGCUCGGCCGUAGGUUCAGAGCUCUCAAGAUUUGGUUUGUCUUGAGACUGUACGGAGUCGAGAACAUCCAGAAGCAUAUACGGAAGCAGAUUGGGCUUGCACAUCAUUUCGAAGAAUUGGUCAAGUCGGACGAUAGGUUCGAGGUAACUGAGGAGGUGCUUAUGGGUUUGGUGUGCUUCAGGCUAAAGGGCCAGUCGAACGAAGUCAACGAACGACUUUUGAAGAGGAUCAACGCGAGGGGUACCAUACAUUUGGUUCCUUCUAAGAUAAGAGAAAUGUACUUUUUGAGAAUGGCUGUAUGCUCUAGGUUAACUGAGAAGGAAGACAUGGAUUUAACAUGGAAAGAAGUACGGGAAUCUGCUGAUGAUAUUUUGGGAGAGUAGAAAAUGAAUGAAUUUCAGGUGCAUCUGUUAUACCUCAACAUGUAUUCCUGCCACAUAAUAACGAUUAAUAAUUAUUUAUAAAUUAUUUAUUGCAAUAAAUGUAUAUAUGUAUGUGUUGGAAGGACCAAUAAAAAAACAGCUAAAUUAUGUAUUGUACAAGUAAAUAUAAUUGUUGAAGCA